CAGUAGUGGGUUCAGCCGUCGAUCCAGGGUAAGUGUCCCAGAUCCUGAACAGAUCCUGCGGCCCAGAUCCCAGAUUGCCCGGCCAUCCAUAAGAGCCAAGAGGAGGGCCUGGAAUACGCCCUACGAUGGGCUUCUUUGACUUUUUGCCAAUUGUCUCUCAAGUGGAGUCUCUGGUACGGGUCUGUGCAGGUGAUGUUGAGGGUGCGCGCACGUGCCAAGUGAACUUUUCUAGGCAGUGCCCGGUUGUAUCGCAGGUUACUUCUGCGGUGUACGCUGCACAGGGCAAUGGCGAAGAGGCGAGCAGAGUGCAGGUUGAGUUCGGGAACGCCAUGGCGGACAUUGCUGGCAGCACUCCAGUGGUGGGCUAUGUGGCUUCAGGUGUUGCUGCGGCUUGCGGUGAUGAAGAGCGCGCCAAGAUCUAUGCGGUCUCGUGUACUAAGUCAUGUGCGAUUGCCGGCACAGGAGCUCUGACAGCGUUAACUGGGGGAAUAGGAGGGGUCGUGGUUGCAGCCACUGCAGGCAUGGGCGCCGGCAUUGGCUCGGAUUUCAUGUGCUCUGCUAUCGGAAGCGCUAUCGACGGAGAGGAAGUGAACGUCGGACAUGCUGCAGCCAUUAAGAGUAUUCACCAGAAGAGACUGGAGGGAGAGUCUAUAGUCGAGGCUUGCAUAGGAGAAUCCCUAGGAGUGGUGUUUGAUGGCAUGGCAGGCGUGGGUGCGCGCACUGCCACCAGGAACGGACUUCUGGCUAACAAGAAGAACAAGGCCAUCGAUAAGUCCUGUGCGGAGAGCCGCCCGCCGGUGUCUAGAGAGGUAGUCAAAGGAAACCUCGAGAGAACUGUUCACCAUACUAAAGCCAAUGCUCCAUUCCUUUCCAAGAAGGCCAAGGGCAAGACUCAAGCCAAAACCACGGGUCCAGUUCAGUGUAACAUGGAAGGGUCGGGCGGUACCCAGGGUUCCGGCAUGAGUAAGAACGGCAGGAUUGCGAAGGCCAACUCUGAGCUCAAAGUAGCUCAGGACAGACAUAAUUUCUUGAAGGAGAAGGUGAGGACUGCGAGAGACCUGUCUCCUACUAGCAUGGGCAGACUUCAAGACCAACGAAGGAUUGCUGCUGACACGCUAAGGCGGGCAGAACAGGCAAGUAGGGAAGCCAAGGCGGCCACAUUCCCUGAAUUAAGCGACGCGCAGCCAGGUCUUCAUCGGAACGGCCUCAAUUGUGGAGAGAAUCCAGCAGCGGGGCCAAUUUAUGCGAACAAUGAAAUUCCGGUCACAAGCUCUGCUUGUAGAGCUGGAAAGAAGGGCCAAGUCUACGGCGCUGAGAGGUGUGGUACUGACAGUCAAGCACGUCCGUCCUGCGACCUUCGAACACCGGGAUGUAACCGCUAUGAUCUGGGCGCAGUUCCCACGGACCACCUCCACGGGGUGAAACUAAAUCCUGGCAAGAAGAAGGCGUGGUUGGCAGCCGCGACAUGUGUAAAUCCGGAGAGCGGUAAGUGAGACCUCAGCAACGCGCUGGCAGGUGUUGAGGGAACAAUCACAAGUUCACGCACACACGAAAAAAAACUGAAUGAAUCUGAACACUUAGC